AUAAAAUAAAAAUAGAAAGGGGAAAAUGGCGGAAGAAGAGGAAGUGAAGAUAGAAGUGGAGGCGGUGCAAUCCGUUUAUGGUGAUGAUUGCGUGAUCAUUGAAUCGUAUCCACCGUACUUUCACCUCCACAUCAAGCCUCGCACUGCCGAUAUCUCUUCCCAACGGUUUGUGGAAGCAGUUAUUGGAAUUCGAGGGAGCUCCCAGUAUCCUAAGGAGCCUCCUCUUAUUUAUCUUAUUGAUUCCAAGGGUCUUGAUGAACAAAGGCAAACUCAUCUUAUAAGUAACAUAAGAGACAAAGCCUGUGAACUCCCUUCUUGUUUUAUGCUUGUAGCACUUUGUGAGGAAGCGGUUGAGAGGCUUUCUGCUAUGAAUCACCCUGAUGGUGAUUGUCCAUUGUGCUUAUUUCCCUUGGUGUCAGAAGAUGACCAGACAGAAAGGUUGCCUUUUAUGAAAUUGAUGUCUUGUUUUCAUUGUUUCCAUAGUGAGUGCAUUAUUAGGUGGUGGAAUUGGCUUCAAAUUGAGAACAAGAAUAAUACUAAGAAUGCAUCUAGUGCAACUCUACAUUUAAGGAAUACAGGCGGUCAACCAGAUAGGAAUGGAGCAGUAGAAGAAAGCAUGGGGAAUUGUCCUGUUUGCCGUAAGGUUUUCCAUGUCAAGGAUUUUGAACACGUGCUUGACCUGGUUGGCUCUCAUUCUUCACAACCAAGUGCGGAUAAAGCUGAAGUUAAAGAUGAUGUGGAGCUUAUUCAUUCAGACUUGGAGAAUAUAAGGAGGCAGAAAUUUGAGGAGAUACUAAAACUGCAGCAAGAAAACUGUGGUUUGAUUGGAUUGAAGGUAGACCGUGUGGUUUUUCCUAGCAUAAACCCCCAGAAUAUAGUCAUAUCAUCAGACCAUGCGUCGGCCAUGGAAACAAGUGCAGCAGCAGCAGCAGCAACUGAAGGAAAUAAUUCAAGUGGUUCGUCGACUAGGCCUGCCACCAGUAAGCACUGGAACUCGGGCAUGAGGAGGCCGAGGGCACAAAAUUCUCGAAAACCUGUUAGACAAUGGGUGAGAAAAGACAAUGGAGGUGGUUGUGCAGAUUAAACCGAUUUUUGUUGAAAAUUUUUAAGACUUGCGUUUUUUGAUUUUGUGUGAUGUAACAAUGUUAGCAAAGAGAAGAAGGAAGAAAAUAGACAAUGCAUUUACAAUCAAAUGUGAGGUUUGGAAACA